ACCCUUACUGGCUGGCUAUGGAGACUUGCUAGUGUGUCCAGUUGAACAUGGUAAAGGAUUUGACCAAAGAUGUUAAGGAUUCGAUUGGGGAAUCCAAUCAAAUCUCUUUUUGACAGUUGAGGGCAUCAGCCUCCGGCUGCUUGUUCUUUUAAGUUUGCUUUUUCGAGGUUCGAGGCCUCGUCGACAUCAUCCUCGUCGGUGUACUGUUGUACUGUUCUACCGCAGCCAAUACCAAUAUUGUACAGGCCAGUGCUCCAGAGGACGGUUGCUUCGCGCUGUAAAUCUGCUGCAUCUUUGCAAGCGUCGUGUGUGCCGUGGACGACGGGAGGCCCGAAAUAGAGCAGAGGAUCCGAGACGUUGGAAAACCCAAAUUGCAAAAAUAACGCCCAGCAAAAAUGAAGGAAACAGCCUUUAGAGCACUGCAAGGGAUACAGUCAAAGCUCUCCUUUGAAGGAUGGCCGGUUGACUCACAGUUUCGAAGCGUCCGUAGUCUUGGCAGGACAGCUACCAUUGCCGUCCUCCUUGGGGUCAUUCUGGGGACCCACAUUUGCCUUUUCAGUGUCUUGAUCCUUCACCGGCGCUUCACACUGGUGCCAGUUUUGGAUGAUUUUUUCUCGCCUGAAAGAAUUGACAUGCUGUGGCAAUGGUCUGGUUAUAUUGUACUUGUGUGCUGCUUUCACUUGACAGAGUUCUUCAUCACAGCAAUCUACAACCCUACGGUUGUCACAGCAGAUUCAUUUCUAGUGAAUCAUUCACUGGGAUACACAGCUGCCUUUUUGGCUUCGGCAACAGAAUUCUGGGCUCGAUUUUGCCUCUGUCCGUCCAUGCGGGCACCUAUAUUCAUGGUUGGCCUUGCGAUGGUGAUUUUUGGUCAAGUUACUCGAGCAGUGGCCAUGGCAACCUGCGGGGCAAGUUUCAACCAUCUAAUUCAAACCUCCAAAAAGGACAAUCAUGUCCUGGUUACCCAUGGAAUCUACUCUUAUCUUCGACAUCCAUCUUAUGUGGGAUUUUACUACUGGGCAAUUGGAGCACAAAUACUUUUGAACAAUAUACUUCAUUCCAUUCUCUUUGCGGUGGCAACAACCAUUUUCUUUCGCAGAAGAAUACCCUACGAAGAAGAGUCAUUGAUGCACUACUUUCCUGACCAAUAUGCCUGCUAUGCAGCAUCAACAUGGGUUGGUAUUCCGUUUGUACCACAAUUCAAGCGAAACAAAAUUGAAUAA